AUGACAUCAAAAUUUGUUACUUUCUUAUGCUAUCGGGACGGAAAAAUUUAUGACGGGAAAGAAGGUAUAACUUACGACAAGUCUCCAAGUAAAGCUAUCAAGGUUCAACGUGGAAUAAAAUUCAAUGAUCUGGUUAACCAAAUCUAUUUUGCAACAUCGAUUGACAAGCAACAAUAUCAUAUUAAAGUAAUUUGUAGAUACCCAUCGGUUGUUGGAAAGGUAAUGAAAUAUAUUCCUCUACCAAUCAAGGACGAUAAUGACGUUGAAAUUAUGUUUGAUGUGCUUAGUCUUCAUCAAGAACUAAGCAACAUUGAUCUAUACUUAGAGAUUGACGUCAAUGGAAAUAAAAAUCACAUGGAUAUAACACCCAGAACACAAGAAUCGGAUUUGAUAGAAAAAGAAAUGAACACUAUUUUAUUACCUACUAUGAAUCCUAUUGAUGUUGUGUCAGACAUGAUUCACAACGAGGACUUCAAUAUAAUUUCUGAAUUUGCUGUUGUGAACAAUGGAAUGAAUAGUGGAUUUGACACAGAUAAUGACGGAUAUGAAAGUGGGGAUGAAAAUGAAACUGAAAACCGAGGAGAUUUAACCACAGAUGGAGCUGAGAUACCUUCUAAUUUUACUAGUUUAGAAGGAAUAGAUGUGGCUAAUGUUGACAAUUGGACGGUGUCACACUCCGAGAGUAAAAAUCAUUUAACUGAAGAAUUGGGUGAAAAUUCUUUUAAGAAUAAAGACGAACUUAUUAGAGCUAUCAAGCUUUACACGAUCAGGAAACAUCGACAAUAUGAAGUGGUUGAAACAUGUCCAACAAUUUGGAAGAUAAGAUGUAAGUUGUGUUCACAAACUGGUUGUAAGUGGCAAUUACGUGCAUGUAAACGUAAACGUAGUGAGUAUUUUGAGAUAACACAAUACAUUGGUCCACACACUUGUUCCCAGUAUAAGAUUACUCAAGAUCAUCCAAAUCUGGAUGCGAGCUUGAUCGCUCAAGAAACUGAACACCUUAUUAAAGAACAACCAUCUAUUAGCAUUCCUACCUUGAGAGCUGAAAUAAUUGAUAAAUUAGGAUAUACUCCUUCGUACAGGAAGGUCUGGGUAGGAAAACAGAAGGCGAUUGAACAUAUAUUUGGAAACUGGGAGGAAUCUUAUAUUGUUUUACCAAAAUUUAUGGCUGCACUUCAAUUUUACAAUCCAGAGACUAUAGUUGAAUGGUGCACUGCUAGAUUAAGUAAUGUGGAUCACAUAGAUAGUAAUAUGAACCAAAGGGAGAGUAGUGUGGAUCAAGUGGAGUUCAGACGUGUGUUUUGGGUUUUUGCUCCUUCUAUCAACGGAUUUGCACAUUGUCGACCUGUUGUUAGCAUUGAUGCAACACAUUUAUAUGGUAAGUAUAAGGGAAAGAUGAUGAUUGCAAUGGGAGUUGAUGGUAACAAUCAGAUUUUUCCUCUUGCAUUUGCUAUUGUUGAGAAUGAAUCAUAUAAUAGUUGGUAUUGGUUUCUUAAUCAUGUCAAGAAACAUGUGGUGAAAGAACGUGGCGGCAUUUGUUUAAUAUCUGAUCGUCAUAGUGGAAUCCUAAAGGAUUUGUAUAGGUAUUGUUUGCGACAUUUUGUCAAUAACUUUCAUGACAAGUUUCGCAAUUCACAUUUAAAAGUUUUAGCUUACCGUGCUGGAAGUCAAAAUCAAGUUCGUAAGUUCAACUCUAUCAUGGAUGAAAUUGGAAAACUAAAUGCACAAGCUCGUCAAUGGCUCGAGGGACAUUCACUUUGUAGAUGGACACUUGCACAUGAUGGUGGAAAACGCUAUGGGUUGCUCACUACAAAUAUGUCAGAGAUUUUUAAUAAUGUACUUAAAGGUGCUCGUUUUUUACCAAUCACUCCAUGUGUCAAACUUACAUUUUAUAGAUUGGUUCACUAUUUUGAUGUGAGGCGUUCUUUGGGACCUACUGCUCAAGCUAACGGAGAUGUUUUUACUCCUCAUGUUGUUGUAAAACAAGCAGCAUCAAUGUCAAAAGCUAGUGCACACACCCUCAAAUCUUUCAACCGACAAAAAGGAAUAAUUGAGGUUGUAACUCAAAAAGGAAAAAAUAUGCAAGUAGUUGAUUUGGAGAAAAAAACUUGCACAUGUGGUAAGUGGGAGAUAUAUAAGUAUCCGUGUUCUCAUGUCUUGAGUGCAUGUGCCUAUCUUUCUUUAAAUACUAGUCAAUAUAUUCAACGAUAUUACUCAAUUUUUGAAUAUUCUGCUACGUGGGCAUCUGAUUUUUCACCGAUCCCUCAUGAAGCAUAUUGGCCUGAGACGUCUAUUCAAGGAAUGCUUCCAAAUUCAGAGUUAAAACGAAAGGAAAAAGGUCGUCCUCGCUCCACAAGGCUACGAAAUGGAAUGGACAUUAAAGAAGGAAAGAAAGCUAAUCUUUGUGGAUUGUGUAGACUAAGUGGUCAUAAUCAAAAAACAUGUCCUUCUAAGCCUAGGAAACGACCUAUGGAUAUGUGA